AUGGCCACUCACACUUUCUGGCAGUAUCUCAGACUCAAAGCCAUCGUCACUUUGAUCCGCCUCCUCAAUUACAUCGGCACACGCUCCCACUUCAAACCCUCAACGACCUGCAACCGCAAAGCCAUCCGCCUCCCAUCCCGCGAUCUGGGACGCUUUAUCAAAGCAUGGAUUUACUACCCCCAAAGCUACAAAGAGGGCGAAAAACGAGGCCUUGUCGUCAAUUGGCAUGGAGGCGCUUGUGUGCUGCCAAACCUCGGAAUGGACCACGAAUUCUGUGAGAAGAUAGCCAAUGAGAGUGGCGUCCUUGUUCUCGACGUGGAUUAUCGCAAAGCACCGGAGUAUCCCUUCCCUGCAGCUGUGGAAGAUGUUGAAGAUGUUCUGAGCUGGGUUGAGAGCCAGCCGCGUCGCUUUGACACUGCGCGAGUUGCUCUAUCCGGGUUUAGUUCUGGCGCAAACCUGGCCUUGGUCGCAUCAUCGGAACUGAGACGGCAGUUUAGCAUCGAUAUCAGAGCGGUCUAUGCUUUCUACCCUGGCGUAGAUUUCACCAUUCUACCUGAACAGAAGACUGUUCCGAAUCCGAUCCGACCACUUCCCGCAGGAUUUCAGCAUCUCCUGACAGAAGCUUACCUCCCGCAUGUGGAGGACCGCAAGUCACCCAGGGCAUCGCCCAUGUACGCCAACGCGGCGUCCUUUCCUGAACGUGUUUUACUUUUCUCCUGUUCGGGGGAUGUCUUCACGCCCGAGAUUGAGGCUUUGGGAGAGAAAUUGGAGAAAGCUGGGUGCGGUGUUGAGAUUGUUAGGAUGGAGGGGGCUCAUGGAUGUGACAAGAGGAUCAAUCCCAAGACUUUCAACCCUGAAGCAAGAGAUAUGUCAUAUAACAAAGUGGUGGGGAGUUUGAAGAGCCUUAUGUAG